AUGCUGCCUCAUAUCAUUGCGCCAAAUUUGAAUAUUCCGGUGGUACCCUUGACUCAGGAUAGCUUCGCUCCCUUUGGCACCGUCGUUGAGAAUCCAGCGAAUGCAACUGGGAGAUCUCAAGAGCUCAAAGUUGUUAAGGCAAACCAAGGCUCGGCCCUCAAGUACAUCGACGUCUCGCAUGUAUCGAAUUUCUACCAUCUGGCUCCAAGCAACAAACCUGCCAGAGCUGUCAUGAACAUGUUCGUUUGUUCACCGCGCCAGCUCGAAUCGGCCAGUAGCGGUUCAGAUAUCGGUCAGGAACAGGAAUCGAAAUUCCCAGUACAGAUUUUGGAACGACACCCGUUCACUCCUCAAACCUUUGUUCCUCUCGGCCUCGCUGCCGACGAUGCGGCAACGGUCUACCUUGUCAUUGUUGCUCCAACACUGCCCUUCCCAUCCAAAACGACGGACCGACCGCUACCAUACCCUGAUCACGCCCCGAGACAGCGACGGAGCUUGACCGAAAUUUUAACCAGGGCUCAACCUUCUCCAUUCAACAAUUCGGAUGGCUCUUCUCCAUCUUCAGAUUCUAGCCCAGGGCCCCAGCUGCCUAAAGGCCCCGGCGAGCCAGAUCUCAGCCGUGCGCACGCGUUUCUUGCCAAUGGUUCACAAGCUGUCACCUAUGGUCCUGGUACAUGGCACGCGCCAAUGGUUGUGCUUGGCGCUAAAGCUAUCGAUUUUGUAGUCGUACAAUAUGCCAAUGACGUUGGCCUGGAAGACGUCCAGGAGAUUGAAAUCAGGUCAGAGAGCGGAUCGGGUGGACUCAAUGUUGUCAUCGAGAAUGCGCGACUCGGUCGCCAACUGCAAGAGAGGGCGAAACUUUGA